AUGAUCUCUACCAGAGCAGCAUCGUGUGGCUCAAUUGCUUCCAAGCGGGCAUCUGCCCAGCUUAUCAAGGCCUUCGGUGGCUCGAGCCUGUCUAGCGUUGGACUGCGGCCCAGCUUCGUCGUCGUCCACCAGCUCCAGUUGACCCCUCCCACUAGCCAGCGGCACUUCUCCACCUCUCCUGCCAGCUCGAAGAUCACCGAAUACUUCCCCGAGAAGGAGACGGCGAGGGUCCGCAGGACACCAGCAGCAUGGCCGCACCCAGUGUACUCCGAGGACGAGAUGGCGGCCGUGGUUGUGGCCCAUCGAGAUGCGAAGACAAUGUCCGAUAAGGUCGCGCUGGCCGCUGUAAAGGUCUUACGAUGGGGCAUGGACAAAGCUACCGGCUACAAGCAUGAGAAGGCGGUGGCCCUGCACGCGAAGGACCCGGAAGCGGCGCAGAAGAAGUAUGCCAUGAACGAGGACAAGUACCUGAUUCGCAACCUCUUCCUUGAGAGCGUCGCCGGCGUUCCUGGCAUGGUUGCUGGCAUGAUCCGGCACCUGAACUCGAUGCGGCGGAUGAAGAGGGACAACGGAUGGAUCGAGAGUUUGCUCGAGGAGAGCUAUAACGAGCGAAUGCACCUCCUCACUUUUAUGAAGAUGGCCGAACCGGGAUGGUUCAUGCGUCUCAUGGUGCUCGGUGCUCAGGGCGUCUGGUGCAACGCACUGUUCUUCGCCUACCUCGUCAGUCCGCGUACCGUGCACCGCUUUGUCGGGUACCUUGAAGAAGAAGCUGUUAUCACGUACACGCGACAGAUCAAGGACCUCGACGCCGGUCGGCUACCGGUGUGGGAGAAGCUGCAGGCUCCGCAGAUUGCUAUUGACUACUGGCGAAUGCCGGAAGGCCAUCGAAACAUGCGGGACCUGCUUCUGUACAUCCGCGCCGACGAGGCGAAGCACCGAGAGGUCAACCACACUCUGGGGAACCUCAACCAGAAAGAGGACCCCAACCCCUACACUAGCGUGUACAAGGACGACACGAAGCCCCAUCCCUCCAAGGGCCUGCUGUUCCAGCGACCUACCGGCUGGGAACGCAGCGACAUCAUCUAA